GAAUUGGUUCAAGGUUUCUUAUCUAUUAUUUUAAACCCGGAGAUCUUCCUGGUCCUUCGCGUCUCACUCCCUCUGUUGUGUGCCAGCAAAAUGUCGACUUCUGUUUUUAUCACUGCGAGUAGUUGUUGAGCGCUCCUCUUCAAAGUUCGCCUGACGUGAUCGUGUCCCGUUGGGCGAGGCAUUGUCCGUAAUGGAGAAGCUGAACAAUGAAGAUGGACAGCUUUUCAUAAAGAAUCUCGCAAGUUUCGUACGAACUCAUGAGAAGGCACUCGCGAACGCACUUCAGUUAAAACGCCAGCCUAGCAAAAAUGCGACGCCCACCCAGUCGAGCUCGCAGACGAGCUCGGCGUCAUCCGCUUUGGCGGCAGCCUUGUCAUUCGGUGCCUUGAAAUUUGCCUCGCAAUCCAUUAAACCCGCUAAACUCACCUUAACCCCUCACCAUCUCUUCUAUCUCCUCUCUCGAUUUGAAGACCUCUCUAUAGCCGUGGGCCCUAUGAAUGUAAGACUGGAGAAUAUUCAUACAGACGUGUCGCAGUCCUAUGUUUCAUUCCUGAAUAAGCCUCAACGUUCCAGGGGUGACAGGGAAUCCAUUCACUCAGUAUCAAGUGUCCGUAGUGUCAUGUCUGGUAUGAGUGCUCUCUGGUCGUCAUUCGGGCUAGGCUCGAAGGACUCCAUCUCCAAGUCAGAAAAGGCCAAAACGGCCCUAGAAGCAGAUCUUAAAUACUUAUACUCUGCUUUCACUAAAAUUCCGUGCUUACGCCUAGCCCCUGAUCGUCGUGCCCGCCUGAUUCGCGGAUACGAAGAGUUUCCAUUUGACACCGCUGUCCCUCUCCACUCCUUUAAAAAUUUGGGCGGGCUAGAGAUAAUUGAUAUAGACUUUCGCUCGUUCUUCGGCUGGGACCGACUAUCCGAGCAACUACGAAUCCUUACUGUGAAAAGAGCAAAUAUUGAGGAUCCAGCAGAUCUGUUGACGGGAAUUGUGUUGGACGACAUCGACAAGCGUCGACGGCGGUCAUCCAAGAAUCAGCCAUCACCGGUCCUAGGAUGGAGUGGGAAUACGUACCCUCAGCCAGUCUACAAGUCUGACAUCCCUGGGUCUCUCUCUGCCCCAGGCUCCCCAAUGGCUGAUACAGCGUUCGGCACCAGCACAAGUCCCCAGGCGGUCCCCAUGCUUAGGGUAGGAUCAGAAGGCUCUAGAGGGCAUGGACGGGCGGGAAGUAUCUCACCUACGCGUCCGGCGAGCUCGAAGCACUCUUCUCAUCGCCAUAGCCGGCGCAUACGACGUACCGGAUCUGGUAGUUCAAACUCGAGUGAUAACACCGGUCGCAAUGGAAGUUCUUCAAACCUCCUUACCGCCGGCGGUCUUCCGCCGUCUAAAUGGCAGUUCUUGCGGCAUCUGGGUUUACCAGAUAACUCUUUAACCUCCGUCACAGCCGCAGGACUCGCCCCUGUUGCUAAUACGCUGUAUUCUCUUGACCUGUCGGUGAAUCUCUUCACCGAGGUUCCUGACAGCCUCGCAACAUUGGUUGCCUUACGGGCCCUUAAUCUCUCACAUUGCAUGAUAGAAUCUCUCCACUCAUUGUCCCGCAAUCCUCUUCCUGCUAUAACCGCUCUUAACCUUCGUGGCAACCGGCUUCGCUCCCUCGCGGGCAUCGAAAGGCUACUUUCCCUGGAAAGGCUAGAUCUCCGAGACAACGAUCUAACCGAUCCCACUGAGAUUGCUAGACUUACUAGUCUCCCUGAAAUAAGGGAGAUCUGGGUGUCUGGUAAUCCUUUUGUGAAAACGCAUUCUGGCUACCGCGUCGUAAUCUUCAACCUUUUCCGUCGCACACCGGGUUAUUCCGAAGACAUAAUUAUCGAUGGAUCCGGUCCUGGGUACACGGAGAGGAAGCAGCUUGUUGACCGAGCUGCCGAACCCGAAGGAGGGCCAGUCAUACGAUCAGCAGCCGCGGAUCAUUCGGCAAUCGUGAGCAAGCCAUCCCAUCCCACGGGCCAGGGAGUCACAGCUGUUGGACCCGCUGAAGGAGAGGUUUCUGUACGGCGAACACCGCAAAAUGAAUACGGCGUUGGGUCUACCCGUCGGAAAAAGGGUCAUCGAAGGAGGAUUGUCGAUACGUCCGCGGAGAAAGCUUCAACUGAUGGUAAAGAAACCCCAGGUGCGGUGGUGCCUUCUGUCCUUUCUGUCCAGCAUAUCCAAUUACCCGUUGAUCCAUUUGUGACGCCGUCUUCCGAUCGUCAACGGAGAUCUGAUGGUGGACCUCAGGUCGGACCUGCGAAACUUCGAAGCCCAGAGAAGUUCGACAAUGAUCAAGAUGCUUCCGCCCGGCCGAUGAAUGAGUCCCUAGUUUUGCCGCACCCAGUCCAAGGUCUAGACUGGAACGCAGAGGGCAAGUUCUACCAGCGGCAACUAGAAGCCCUGAAACAGGAAGUUGGCAACAGUUGGCUCACCGCGCUAGGAGACCGUCCGUGGGAUCAAUCACCACGGGACCUGAAUGUUCCUCGCACGGGCGUGAAUCUCGGUGAUCCGGCGAUAAUCCCAGCGGAGGCGCUUACCCGGGCAAACAACUUGCCCAUCCUGAGUGGAGGCCGACCCUGAGUUUCGCAUCCAUAUUCAUUGAUUGACUUAUACCCAAAGAAAAAAAAAGUUGUUCAAACUGACUCCUUUCCUUGGUUCUUUUCGCCAGCCAAUUCUU